GAUCACUUCCUCCUUCUCCUCUGCAACUUGCAAGGACACGAUCCCUCUGUUUCGCUGUACAGAGCAGAGACACGUCGAUCCAUCCAUCCAUGGCGGCCACCGUCGGCAACGGCAAGGACAGGGAGGAGGCGGUGGUCCACCCGAACCCGAGGCAGGGGGGCAAGCUCUUGUCCAGGCUGCUGACGAGGGACAGCUCUGCCGCCGCGCCGUCCUUCAGGGUCUACUACGGCGUGGCCUCCGCCGGCGCGGUGCCGUUCCUGUGGGAGUCGCAGCCGGGCACGCCCAAGAACGCCGUCUCCGACACGACGAUGCCGCCGCUCACGCCUCCGCCGUCCUACUACGCCGCCGGCGCCGGGGCCGCCAAGAAGCACGCGGCGCGCAAGGCCGCCGCCGGGAGCAACAGGUUCAGGCCGUCCCGCAUCCUGGGCUCCAUCCUCAUGGCGACGCGGAGGCGGGGCCGGACGACGCCGUCGGGCUCGCCCACCUCGUCCUUCUCCUCCGCGUCGACCUCGUCAUCGUCAUCCUCCUACUCGGCAUCUUCGUUCCGCCGUACCACGCAGUCGCCGAUGCGGGCCGGCGGCAGCAGCAGCAGCAGGCUGCACUCGUCGUCGUCGUCGUUCUCGGACGAGGAGGAGACGGCCAUGGCGACGUGCUUCAGGGUGCGGCACGAGAGCUUCAGGGCGCUCAAGGGCUGCCGCGUCGCCGUGACGGUGAGGAGCGCGCUGGCGUCCGUCGGUGGUGCCGCGGCGCAUCAGGCGCAGAGGGUCUAACCGAACUACACUGAACUCGCGGUGUGCAAGGACGUGCGUUGUUACUUGAUGUCGAGUGGAGUUUACCCAAGUCGUGUGUUGGCUUUGAUUGAGCUUCUGUAAUGCUACUAGCAGUGUAUAUGACAAAUAAUCAAUGAGCAUGGCUAUGCAUGUUCAGAACUUCA